AUGAAGAGUCUCUCUUCUGGUUCACUAUGCGCGCUCGGUGUAGGACUCAGUCUACUUGUUAGGAGUUCAUCAGCGGCAGAAUUCAGGAGGCACGAUGGUAUACACAGACUGGAAAAGGCCCACGUAACUGCCUUUGCGGACCUGGAAAGGAGAGCCCCAGUGUGUUCUCCAGGCUAUACUGGGUGUCCAUCAAGUUUGAAUGGAGGUUGUUGCGAAUCUGGCUUCGCCUGCGCAACAGAUUCUUGCUAUGCGACAACAAGGGCGCCUAGAACGUGCGGUGGCCAUGUCGGAUAUUACGCUUGUGAGCCUGUGAUUGGAAAUGGCUGCUGUCCUGAAGGAUACAGAUGUGAGAGAGGCAGCAAUUGUGUCGCUGUAUCUGGGGUUGUAUACUCGCAGUCGUGUCCAGCCAGCUACUAUUUAUGCCCCGCUAGCCUCAGUUACGGCUGCUGCCGUAAUGGUUUAGGAUGCGCUGUGAGCGCUUGUUACUCAACGGAUCCCUCAACAUACAUUCAGACAACAACGAUAACGACUACGGAUGAGGCUACACGAGUUCUGACCACGACAGUGACAGCAACAACCGUCAUUACCCCCUCAAGGCCUUCUACGGCACCGCCAGCUAACCCGACUGUCGAGGCCGAUCGCCCAGAUCAAGUAGUUUUUAAAUACUACCCUAGCAUAAUUCCGAAGGAGCAACCUAUCAGCGAUGACGACGACAGUAGUGACGGCUUGACGACAGCUCAGAUCGCGGGUAUCGUGGCCGGAGGUGUAGGCCUGCUUAUCAUCGUUUUAGUGGCAGCCUGGAUCAUCAUCCGCCAUCUCAACAAGGUCGUCCAAGCAGUUGAGACUAGUAACAGGGGAACAUCGACAGGAACAAAGUCACGACCCUCCGUGUACCAGUUCAAGCCUACGCCCUCCGAAGUAGACGACAUGAGUGUCGACCCGCUCAUGAUGUCCCCCCGACCAUCGCACCGAAGGCGCGACUCUGAGACGACAACCAAUACCAAUAAUUUUGCAAGCCCAGAUUUCACACCGCCGUAUAGGGGAACACCCGGCACAGUUGGAGACUAUCAGCCUGUUCCUCAAGGCUCUGGCUCCGACCGGCACAUGAGCUAUGAUUCGGCCUAUAACGGGGGCUACUUUGACGUCGUGUCGGAUCGGAGCCAUCGUAACAGCCAGGGCUCGAGCGCGUGGAUCGGCGUUCACCGCCAAAGUACGGAUUCUCAAGGCACGUAUGCCCACUUGCGGCACUGGAGUAAUGCUAGCGAGGCAAGCAGUGAAGGUAUGCAAGAGCUUGAUUCGACGCCGUAUGUGCCUGAGCUGGCGGCCACACCGGUGCCAGACGCAGCAGCAGAAGCACGGCGACGAUCAGGGAGCGGUCUAUCGGGAAUGAGUCGACCAGCUGCUGUGCAUCAGCGGAGGAGGAGCAGUGAUGGAGGUAACGGCAGAGGCAGAAGCGAUAGUUCAGCCGCAGCUGGCGGGCUAAGUGUUGUGAGUGAAGAUACCGAGGUUAGUGCGAACUUCGGCGCCUCGAAUUAUGGGCUCGGACAGACUAGAACUGGCAGGUAA